AUGGCCACCGAUGUGCGAGAUGUCGACGAGAAGCUGAAGCUGGAUGAGAGCCUCCUAGCGGUCCUCCCGGAGGGCGGCGAAGUGGUGUCCGUGACCCCGUCUGGGAUGAGCGAUUACUGCAACACUUACAGGAUCGAAGUGAAGCUCCCUGACGGCAGUUCCCAGGUCUUCUUUGAGAAAGAAGGGACCGGCGAGGAGGGCAAGGGGUGCGUCGACUCCGCUUGGAAUUCUGAGACCGCCGCCUACGAGUUCAUCCCCGAGCACGUGCCCCGUCCGGUCGCCACGGGCACUUACAAGUCUCGGCCCGACAAGUUCUUCUUCCUCGCCGAGUUCGUCGAAAUGAUUGAGGAUGACAUUCCUCGCGAGGAGGUUUACAUGGCCGCCGUGGCAAACCUGCACAGCCGCAGCAUGGGCAAGUCGCCCACCGGCAAGUUUGGGUUCCCGGUCAACACUCGCUUCGGGAACCUUGAGCAGGACAACACAUGGACCGAUAGCUGGGAGGAGUAUUGGACCCGACAGAUGAGGGACUUUCUCGACAAGGAGGACGCCGCCCAUGAUGGGGAGGAGCACGAGGAGCUGGACAGGUUGCGUCCGUUGUUUUUCGAGAAGGUGUUGCCUCGUUACCUCGGCCCGUUGGAGAGCGAGGGCCGCUCGGUCACGCCCUGCCUCAUUCAUGCCGACCUCUGGCCUGGUAACGUUAAGUACAUGACCGACGGUGACACGGCGUGUAUGUAUGAUGCCUGUGCUAUGUGGGGGCAUAACGAGGUCGACCUUGGUGUCUUCCGCAACCCGAGAUACCCGCUCGGCAAGCCGUACCUCAAGGAAUACUGGAAGCGGGUUCCCAUCUCCCAGCCUGAGGAGGAUGUUGAUAGCCGGAACUCACUUUAUAUGUUGCGCGGGCAGAUCUUGCUGUCAAUUUUAUACCCCCAGGACAAGAAGCUGCGCGAGAUUUUUGUGAGCAACAUGCGGCUCCUGGUGGAACGUGUUGAAGAGGAGGAGGCUACGAAAGGGAAAUCCGCGUAA